AUGGCACUCUUGGUAAUCAUGAUCCUUGCUCUUACCUGCUGUGGUGGCCUCGCGGCCCCGAGUUCCACACCCAUGUUGGUGGCACUGAAGGAACUCAUUGAGGAGCUGCACAACAUCACGCAAGACCAGAAGACUCCUCUCUGCAAUGGCACCAUGGUGUGGAGUGCUAACCUGACUGCUGGUGGGUACUGCGCAGCCCUGGCAGCCCUGACCAACUCCAGCUGUAGUACCAUCCACAAGACCCAGAAGAUUCUGAAUGGACUCUGCACACACAAGGCCUCCACUGGGGUGAGUCAGGCCCCCAGCCUCCGAGACACCAAAAUUGAAGUGGCCCAGUUCAUAAAGACCCUGCUCAGAUACUCCAAACAACUCUUUCGUAACGGGACGUUCAACUGA